AUGGUGCUGCCCCGGAGAAUGUCGCGACUCGUCGCCCUGACGGCCAUUGCGCUCGUCGUCCUGCUCCUCGUGCGUCUCAUGCCAGGCGACGUCGUGCCCUCGCCUCUACCUCCGACUGCCGACCAACGCGAAGCUGCCAACGGUCCAAAGGCGCAGGAGCCUGCAUCCUCCGGCGAGGGUACCUUCUCCUCCUCCUCCUCCUCCUCCUCGUCGUCGUCGUCGUCGUCGUCAUCAUCGCCGUCCAAGUCCAAGUCCAAGUCCAAGUUCGACUGGUCCAAAGCCAAGCUGUUCUACCCCCCGGCAUCCAUCAAGCCCCUGCCAACAGGCACCCCGCGCCCCAUGGGCCGCGUUCAAGCAAGCCCAGACGCCUUCGUUCAGACACCCGAGACGAAGCGGCGGCAGGCGGCCGUUCGCAACGUCUUCAGGAAGAGCUACAACGCGUACCGGACCCACGCCUGGAUGAAGGACGAACUGAUGCCCGUCACGGCCGGGUUCAGGAAUCCCUUUGGCGCGUGGGCCGCCACGCUGGUCGACGCCCUCGACACGCUCUGGAUCAUGGACCUGCGCGACGAGUUCCGCGAGGCGGCCCGGGCCGUGGCCGGCAUCGACUGGUCCGUCACCCCGGACGGGGCCGCGAACCUGUUCGAGACGACGAUCCGCCACCUGGGCGGCUUGCUCAGCGCCCACGACCUGAGCGGCGACAAGGCGCUGCUGGCCAAGGCCGUCGAGCUGGGCGAGAUGCUGUACCACGGCUUCGACACGCCAAACAACCUGCCCGGCUUCUGGCUCAACUACGACGAGGCCAGGACGGGCGCGCUGCGCGCCGGCACCAACGACCCGUCCGCCUCGCCCGCCUCCCUGUGCGUCGAGUUCACCAGGCUGUCGCAGCUCACCGGGGACAGCAAGUACUACGACGCCACCGACAGGGUCACGCGCUUCCUGCAGAGGACGCAGAACAGCACCCGCCUGCCCGGCAUGUGGCCCAUCGCGCUGGACUUUCGGAACGAGGCCGCCGGCGCCGACGCCCGCUUCACCCUCGGCGCCCUGGCCGACUCGCUGUACGAGUACCUGCCCAAGAUGCACGCCCUGACCGGCGGCCUGGACCCGACCUACGAGCAGCUCUACCGCGGCGCGGCCGACGUGGCCGCUCGCAACCUCUUGUUCCGCCCCAUGGUGCCUGACGGGAGAGACGUCCUCUUUUCCGGAGACUGGGUCGCCGGCAGCGGCGGCAGCGGCGGCAGCAGCGGCAGCAGCACGGGGGAAACGGGACACGUCGUCCCCGAGAGCCAGCACCUCACCUGCUUCGUCGGCGGCAUGUUCGGCCUCGCCGGGCGCCUGUUCGCCAUCGACGAGCACGUCGCCCUCGGGGAGCGCCUGGCCCGCGGGUGCGCCUGGGCCUACGCCGCCUUCCCCACCGGCAUCAUGCCCGAGAUCUUCCGCCUCAUCCCCUGCGCCGACGCCGGCCACUGCCCCUGGGACGAGUCCGCCUGGCAGCGCGACGGGGACCGCUCCCUGCCCCGGGGAUUCGCCGGCGCCAGGGACCCGCGCUACCAGCUCCGCCCGGAGGCCAUCGAGAGCCUGUUCGUCAUGUACAGAAUCACCGGCCGCCAGGAGCUGCAGGACAUGGCGUGGGACAUGUUUCGAGCCAUUGUCAACGCGACCGCGACCGAGAUUGCCUAUUCGACCAUUUCGAACGUGAAUGCAAAGGGGGAGACGGAAAAGACGGAUUCCAUGGAGAGCUUUUGGCUCGCAGAGACGCUCAAGUACUUCUACCUCAUCUUUUCGCCACCAGACCUGAUCAGCCUGGAUGAAUACGUGCUCAACACGGAAGCGCAUCCCUUGAAACGACCUGCCGUCUACCAGCACGAGCGCGCGAAAGCCCCGCCUUGA